AUGGCACAAGCAGCGCCCGUCAGUCCACUGGAGGGCUCCUCCUCAGCCUCCUCCGGUCCCCAGCACCUCUUUCGCCUGCGCACCCUCUCCACCAUCGACGAGUCUCACAUGCCGGUCUCCACCGAGGGCAACAUCCCUGACGUGGUGAAGACGGGCAAGGUCAUUGCCGUGUUCACCUCUGGCGGCGACUCGCAGGGCAUGAACGCCGCCGUGCGUGCCGUCGUCCGCAUGGGCCUCUACCUCGGCUGUCGGGUCUUCUUCAUCAAGGAGGGCUACCAGGGCAUGGUCGAUGGCGGAGAUCACAUCAUCGAGGCGUCAUGGGUCUCCGUCUCCGGCAUCAUUCACAAGGGAGGCACUGUCAUUGGCAGCGCUCGAUGCUCUGACUUUCGCGGGCGAGAAGGUCGACUGAAGGCUGCCUUCAACCUGAUUCAGUAUGAGAUCACCAAUCUGGUGGUCAUUGGUGGCGACGGCAGUCUCACCGGUGCCAAUCUUUUCCGGCAGGAGUGGUCGUCGCUGCUCGAAGAGCUGGUCUCUACAGGCAAAAUCACCAAGGAGAAGAGCGAGCAGUGCAGCCACCUGCACAUCGUCGGCAUGGUCGGCUCCAUUGACAAUGACUUUUGCGGCACUGACAUGACCAUCGGCACUGACUCUGCACUGCACCGAAUUAUCGAGGCCAUCGACGCCAUUGUCACCACCGCCUCUAGUCAUCAGCGCACCUUUAUCCUCGAAGUCAUGGGUCGACACUGUGGCUACCUCGCCCUUGUGGCGGCUCUUGCUAGUGAGGCCGAUUUUGUGUUUAUUCCCGAGUGGCCGCCAGAGGCUGGCUGGGCUGAGCGAAUGUGCGAGAAGAUUGAACAGGAGCGAAGCCACGGCAAACGUCUGAACAUUAUUCUGGUGGCUGAGGGCGCCAUCGACCGAGAGGGCAAUGCCAUCUCCGCCGAGCAGGUGAAGGAGGUGAUUGUGAAGAAGACCGGGCAGGACACGCGAAUCACCGUUCUCGGCCACGUCCAGCGAGGCGGCAGUCCCAGUGCAUUUGAUCGCAUUUUGGGCUCUCGAAUGGGCGCCGAGGCGGUGCUCGCCCUGCUGGAGGCGACGCCUGACUCUCAGGCCUGUGUCGUCUCACUGGACGGCAACCAGGCGGUGCGGGUUCCGUUGAUGCAGUGCGUCGAACGAACCAAAUCGGUUGCGGCAGCUAUGCUGGAGAAGAAGUGGGAGGAUGCGGUGAAGUUGCGAGGCAUCAGUUUUAAGCGCAACCUGGAGACCUACCGAAUGCUGACGCGCAUUCAGCCGCCCACUGUGGAGGAGCUCACCGGCAAGACUGGCUUCCGUCUGGGCGUCAUUCACUGUGGUGCCCCUUGCUGUGGCAUGAACGCCGCCGUCCGCUCCUUUGUGCGUAACGUCAUCUUCCGCGGUGACACGGUGCUGGCGAUCUACGACGGCUUUGACGGUCUGGUCGCCGGUGAUAUCCACCCGGUGGCCUGGUCGGAGGUGAGCGGCUGGGUGGGCCAGGGCGGCGCCAACCUGGGCACCCGGCGAACGCUGCCCAGCGCCCACAACAUGGAGAAGAUUGUGGCCAAUCUGCGGCAGUACCGCAUUCAGGGGCUGCUGGUCAUUGGCGGCUUUGAGGCGUACCAUGCCGUGCUGAACCUGGCGGAGCACCGCGACCGCUUCCCCGAGCUGUGUAUUCCCAUGUGCGUCAUCCCCGCCACCAUCAGCAACAACGUCCCGGGCACUGACUUCUCGCUGGGCGCGGACACGGCGCUCAAUGAGAUCACCGAAAUUUGCGACCGCAUUCGCCAGUCGGCGCAGGGCACCAAGCGCCGGGUGUUCAUCAUCGAGACGAUGGGCGGCUUCUGCGGGUACCUGGCCACGCUGGCCGGUCUGGCCGGCGGUGCCGAUGCCGCCUACAUCUUUGAGGAGCCCUUCAACAUCAAUGACCUCAUUGGGGACAUUCGACUGAUGCACUCGAAGAUGGAGGAGGGCGUCACCAGAGGCCUCAUUCUCAGAAAUGAAAAAGCCAACCAGCACUACACCACCGACUUCAUCUACAAGCUGUACUCGGAGGAGGGCAAAGACAAGUUCUCCACUCGGAUGAACAUUCUGGGGCACAUGCAGCAGGGCGCCUCGCCGUCGCCCUUUGACCGCAACUUCGGCACGAAGCUGGCGGCGAAAGCGGCCGACUGGCUGAUUACCCAGCUGGAGGCGCACUCGAAGCCGAUUGCCGAAGAGGCCGGCGACGCGCCCAUCAUGACCUACAACUGCACUCUGCCCGACACGGCGGUCCUCCUUGGUCUGGUCGGCCGGCAGUACCGAUUCACGCCGGUGCAGACACUCAAGGCGCAGACUGAUUUCAAAAACCGUCUGCCCAGCAAAAUGUGGUGGCUCCGUCUUCGGCCACUGCUGCGCGCCCUGGCCACCAUGGUCAAUGAGUCGUGCGGAAUUGAGCCCACUGUGCAGGGAUUCGUCGAGUUGCUCGACUCCUAA